AUGGCCAUGAACUUCAUGGUUUCCAUGAGGACUCAACGAUUGUCCCCUCUCCGACAAUCACUGCUGAUGGCCAAGAAAUUCCGAAUCCAGAUUAUGCAUCCUCUACAGCGCACUCAUUGGUCCAAUCUCACUAUCGAUUCCGUGGUUUCAACCGCUACAACAACCAGCAAGGUGUGGGCGACUCUUCUCUCCACCUAUGGCAAACCAUCACGAGGUCACAUCCGACAACUUAAAUACCAAAUCAAGACAUGUAUGAAGGCCACCAAAACCAUCAACGAAUAUCUUAGGAUUAUCAAAGGAAAAGCGGAUUACCUUGCAUUCUGUCGAUCCAGAAGACCUCACGAAACAUAUCUUAGCCGGUCUGAGUGA